AUGGGUUGUGGAUUGAACAAACUAGAGAAGCAUGAUGAAAAACGACCUGGUAAUAUCUACUCAACUUUGAAGAGACCCCAGGUAGAAACCAAGAUAGAUGUUUGCUAUGAAUAUCGAUUCCUGGACUUCACGACACUAAGUGAAACUGAGCUGCCAGGAUCAUCUGCAAUCAAGCUCUCGUCCUUGCGUGAUCUUCCAGCUCAGCUGCAAGAGUUGUACCAGCAGGGCUUUGUCUUGGCUGCUGUCCACCCUUUCGUGCAACCAACUGAUGAAAAAGAGAAAACUCCCCAGGAACAAAUCUUCAGGGCUGUGCUUAUCAAGAAAACAGAAAGGUCUCCAAAAGGUGACGUCCAUAGUGAAGGAUAUGUCUUGGAGGUAGAGUGCUGCUCCUCUUUAAACCAGCUUUCAGACAAAAAGGAGAUACCUGAUUUUAUUAAGAAAAUUCAAGAGGCUGCAAGUCAAGGCUUGAAAUUUGUUGGAAUUAUACCUCAGUACCAUUCCCAAAAGAACUGUCUUGUCAGCGCCUCCCCAACACCCGCCAGUAACAACUCUGUGCAAUCAAGAGAUAAUAAAAACGUUUCAAAUUGCACCGAGGAUCAUGCUUCUCCGGAUGGCGAGAAAAUAGAUGGUAUUAAUGGAUGCAAUACUCCAGCACCAAGUGAGGAAAGUGCUGACCAAUGUGCCACAUCCAGGGAGGGCUGGAGAGGUGAAGGACAGGAUACCGAAGAGCUGACUCUCAAGUCUGCGAAAGGAAAUGAAGAACAGUUUCACCACACGAACCCAAGAGUAAGAGAAGCAGCAGACAAGCCGAAUGGACUUGCGGAGAAUGAAACACCAGUGCAAUGCUUAAAACCACUUACUAGCAAAGCAGAGAUCUUCGCUCUCUUCAACAAGCCAAAAACCCCACAAAGAUGCAGCCAGUAUUAUACAGUGACUAUCCCUAUGAGGAUCUCCAGGAAUGGGCAGACUGUCAACAGCUUAGAAGCAAAUUGGCUGGAGCACAUGACAGAUCACUUCAGGAAAGGAGGCUCGUUGGUAAACGCCAUCUUCAGCCUUGGAAUGGUAAAUGAUUCUUUACAUGGGACAAUGGAUGGAGUAUUCCUCUUUGAAGAUGUAGCUGUGGAAGACAGUAAAACCAUGCAGGGCUAUGAUGCAAUUGUCGUAGAGCAGUGGACUGUCCUGAAGGGAGUUGAAGUGCAGACAGAUUACGUUCCGCUGCUGAAUUCCCUUGCUGUGUACGGCUGGCAGCUGACGUGCGUGCUUCCUACUCCGAUUGUGAAGACAAACAGGUAUGGAGGGGGUGGGCGCUGCCUUUCAGCCAGGGAAGUCGCUGUACAGUCGCUACGAGCAAUUCUCUGUACAAUUGGCGUGGAUUUCCUUGUAUGUGUGCAGGAGCUGCCCUUGCAAACCCUGCUGCAGCGGUUCUGUGGGUUUUCUGAGCAUCACAAGCCGCAUGUGGCAGAAAGAACGUGUCUG